GACAAAGUAUACCUUUUUAGAUAACAGUCAGAUGGCUUAAAUCAUUUGACGUCCAAUAUGGCGUAUCUUAUGUUAGCUUUUAUGAUUGCAAGUUUGAUUCGCAAUGCAAGUACCGAAAGCUGCAAAUCAAGUACCACCGGGAAAGAGUUUGUAUUCGGAAUUUUAGACUUUGCCGGUAGUUGUUGUCAUAAUAACGCGAAUAUCAUAGCUCUGGAUAUCACCAAUGUAUCUCCAAACUAUACACGUAUAAGACUACAGAUACCUUACUUCAUUAACGACACUUACUUUGAUAUUCCAUCCGGUGGGAAGGAAACAAUUACCAUCAAUUCUACAAUACAAAGAGAUGGCACUUUCAAAGAUUCACGAGGAAUAAAAAUCACUUCAGAGCACGACAUUAGCGUUCUUGUUACUAAUGCAUACAACAACGUUUAUAAUUUCGACACCUAUAAUAUUUUACCUGUUGCAGAAAUCGGAAAUAAUUACAUCAUUUCCUCUUAUAUGAGCACACUCACAGGCUAUGGAAGUGUGUUUCUUGUAGUCGGAAAUGCAAACAACACAAACGUUACAAUCGCUAACGGAACUAAUGUCUUACGAUCAGUUGUUCUAAAUCCAUUUGACGUAUUUCAGUAUGAAUGCGAUCUAUGUGACCCGACAGGCAUGAAUGUAAUUUCCAGUGAGAAUAUAUAUGUUGUGGCUGGAUCAACAUUCACUGGAAUUCCUUUCGGCAGUGAGGAAUAUAUAGCAGCUGAAAUGUUGCCAACGUCUACGUGGUCAUAUAAGUACAUCGUUGCUCCGGAGUUACCAAAGUCAGCCUUUAUGUUGAGAAUAUUAUCGGAGUCCUCUUUUGAUGUGACUAUUUCUAAUCUAACACGAACAUAUAGAUUUAGUGUUUCGACAGCUGACCAGUAUUUUGAAACCGAAGCUGUCGUUGUUACUGCUGAACGUCCUUUUUCAGCCACUCAGUAUGGCGUUAAUUACGACUAUGACCACACAACUGGGGAUCCGUUUAUGACAGUCGUACCAAGCGUAGACCAGUAUAUUAAUGACUACACUUUCACAGUGCCACAUGCAUACUACGGUGUAAAGCAAUACUCAGCUAUCAUCGUACCGAAACUAAGUAUAGAUGGUUUAGUACUAGAUGGUUCAUCGGUACAAUCGUAUAAUGCCAAAAGUAUUGCUGUUCCAUCACCCUUUGAUAACUAUACGAUAUUGACAUUUCCAGUUAACGAAGGUUAUCAUCAUUUCUAUCAUACAUCUCCAUCUGUUACCUUUGGUGUGUUUAUGUACGGACACGGAGGCCAAGGCAGCUCUGCCUUAAGCUAUGGAUUCUAUGCUGGUUUCAAUCUAAAAGGCAUUUGCUCAACCUCAGAGUUAACCUCAACUACAACCUCAACUACAGCCUCAACCGCAGUCUCAACUUCAACCUCAACUACAACUUCAACUUCAACCUUGACCACAACUUCAACUACAGACUCAACUACAAUAUCAGGUACACCUUCAGCAACAACGGCGCAGCAAGCCAUUACAUCAGGAGGACUAAUGUGUUACAGCUGUGACGAUCUAAGCGACAUCAACCUUUGCGAUACUGUGAAACAGUGCAGCAACAAUAAGGUGUGUUUUGUUGCCAGGUAUUUUGACGGUAGUCAGUCCAAGUUUAAAUCAGGAUGUCUUCAGGGAAACACUUGUGAAAACAAACGGAAUGAUUCGAGAUAUUCGGAUGAUCUUUGUUUUGAAUGCUGUCAUGAUGAUUACUGUAACAAUAAAGGAUGUGGGGAAAAUGGAAUUCCGGACAGAGAUAGACGUGGACCUAUCUGUUUCGACUGUCAGCAUGUGUCAUCUCCUGAACAAUGCGUAAAGAUUUCCCCCUGCGAUUCACACCAGAUGUGUCAUAUUGAAGAGUACAAAUGGUUCGAUCAUUCUCACUUUAAGCUAGGAUGUGGACAUGGAUUGUGUUACCCUGUGAGAAGAAUGGGAAGUCACGCGUUCAAAAGAGAGACCCCUGUAUGCCACUCAUGUUGCUCUGAUGACUACUGCAAUCGGAAUUGUACAACUUCGUUCCAAGGCCAAACUGGAUCCGUUAUUGUCGGUUAAGGUGAGACGAUCCACACACAUAUAUACGGAUAUAAAGCGUAUAUAUCACACUGAAAACAUAUGGCAAACACACCAUGACUAAGCAAUUAAUAAUAUUUGUGAAACCAAGAAAAUGCUUGGCUCAAUUUUAGACACAAUGAAUAAUUUAAUUUUAAAUUGUUAA